AUGUCGAGCGAGCUUUCCAAUGCACUCAACCCCAAUAUCGUCACAACUCGAAGGCAAAGACCCGUAGAUGUCUUAGUGCCAGCCCGUGUUCCACUAGUCGAGCAGCCGCGGCCAUUCAUUCCACACAGGAGUGAAUUAGAGUAUGCUAUCGUCGAGCCACCGGCCCAGCCACCGCCAGCUCCUGCGCAGGCACCUCCGCCGGCAGCGCGAACGACUGUUGCUGUCAAUGAGCUCCUUCGUGUGUUCUCAGCCACCAAGGAGGCUGCAGAAGUAGAGCGAAGGAGGAGACUUGCAUGGGAACAAGACCAAGAGACCAAGAGUUCUCAGAAACAAGCUGAGAUGGAGCAGCAGAUCCUCGCAAUGCGUGAGGAGAUGUCUGUCCUCAAAUCUUAUGUCGCUUGGCGCGCGGUUUCGGACGGUAGACAACCCAACGGAUCCGUGCAGCCCACGGGGCGCAUACAGGCCAUCGAGGCUGGUCCAUCAGAGCCUAUCGUACAGUCUCCAGAUGUGCAGAACGUCUCAGCCAUCCAGUCGCCAGAGUCUCAUUUAGGCUCGAUACAAACAUUCACACCGCCGACUCCGACUCCCGCACCGACGGUCCCUCGCAGUUCAAAUACCUUUGCGUCCAGACAUGUCCCAUGUAGCCUUCCUACCCAUCCUGUACCGUCACGACAUACCAGUCCCGCUAUUUCAGAAACACAUCGACAUUCGGUAAUGCAUGGCCCGUCGUCCAUGGCAUCGUAUCCCCAACCCAAUAUAGCAAAUCCACAACCAUUAAUGCCACACGCAGACCAACAUGGUUCACCCUCAUUUGUGGAAGGGUGCUCUUCACGACCAUUGUUGUCGCCAGCACAUACACCGCAUUACAUCGCUUCUCCUACCAGUACCCAUACUCCUCUGUACACGCCGGUACCCCCUACACCCAGUCCAAGUCUCCCGACCCCACCGGAUAGCGCUUUUGCAACGCCCCCUUUGACUCCGAUGACCGUACCGCGCAAGAGGCCAACAAUUACUACGGAAUAUAGCACGGACGAGGAGGGAAGUAGCUCAGAUGAAUCAGCACGGGAAGGCCGGCCUCGCAAACGCUUUAACGGACAUGAUGAUCGUUGCCUGACCAUUCAUCAUGCAAUGCGCUUGCACAUAUCCAGAAUGAUGGGAAUUUCAAAGGACGAUGAACUCCCAGAUAGCUAUGUUGAAGGCAGAGACGUUCCGACUAACGACUCCAUUCGGUUCGUCUGGGAUAAGACCCCGAAACAAUCCAAGCAUAAUACCGCCAUGAGAGAUAGAGUCUUAAUCGACCUCAAGGCCAAUCGUAACCUCUACAAAUAUGUCCCUGAGAAAGACUUCUCCAGGAAGAGUCUCGAGACUGUCUUCGAACAAACCUUCAGGACUUUUCGGCAGAAGUUCAAGGCGCAAAAGGACAGCUCCGCUGCACUUCAGCUGAAGAAGAGGGAGGGCCAGAAAGCGUCCAAAGUUAGGAGAUUGAGCAGGAAAAAACAUAAGCUUGCUAAUCGGACUGAAGCGCGGAAGAAGCUGGACAUGUUCUCGCAUCCUGCAUUUGAUGGCGCGUUGCAGUUAGAAUGCAUGUCGUCAGAAGAGUCAGGUGAAGAUGAACUUGAACCAUCGACCGACACCGACGAUCGCCAAACGGUACAGUUCCUCUGCAUCCGUCCACUUCCCUGGCGAGCAGAACGAUUGCAGCGUUUCUACGCUGUUCUAGAUGAGCAGCAGCGUGAGGACGUCAGCCAAAAACCCAAACGUGGAGUUGGGCGGAAAGAACGGCGUCUUGGCGGGCACAAAGAGGGUCUUCUCAUACCUCCCGACGGUGUCGCUAGCUGGAUGCUUAGCAAGCGAUGGAUGCGGACGCUGCAGAUGACGCGUCCUGACCUUGUUGACCAGGUCAGGUUGCGGGUCACAGACCCGCCAGGAUUUGACUGGAGCGAGUGCUUCGCGUUGGGUGCCGAGAGCGACGAUGAGGGUCGGCUCACCGAGGUUGUACCACAAGGACAUAUACCUUAUUCUAACGCGAGUUAUUCCCUGGGACAUGCUCUCGAUCCGAUAUCAUGA